GUAACCUGGCACUUAAAGUCACAGGAUCUGACCUUUAUAUAAAGUAGUGUGAUUACACAUUUCGCAAUUUCUCAGUGGACGUCUUCUCUCUUGCGCGUAAGAGAAUCCGCAAAGUGAAAUCGUCACGAUGCUCUAUCUGCUGAUAGCUGCUCUUCUCUGCAGCUCGGCUGCAGCUCAAUCGUCUUGUAGCGAGCUGUACGCCUCGUACGAUUUGUCGAGGAAUUUCAAUGAGACCAUUGCUCACACUAUUCACUCCAUGAACGUGCAGGGUCUCCGCCUGUUCAACCCGCAGGCCACUGAGAACAACCGCGUGCCAACAGUCAAUCACAACAUCCGGGAUGAGGAACAUCUGGUGUUACCCUAUGCUCCAGAGGACCCCCGUGGGGAAGAUUUCACCACUGAGACGCUGAACAUCAUUGAUACCAUUUUAAGUCGGAUUGGCUUGGACGAUGAUGGCUUGGGUCCCAAUUGGUCCUCGACCGAGCGAAUCGUUCACAAGUUUCAUAUGAUUGACGUGUGGCACAGGGUGACGGAGGUUUACCAGGAAGUCUUGAAAAACCCACCCCAGGAUGAUCUGUGUGAUUGUUUGUUGGAAACCUCGUCAAACGGCAUCUACCAAGCGGUUCACUGGGUUGCUGAGCACUACAAGUCAGGCACACCCAUCACGCUGUUGAACCGACCUAUCCCAAAGCUGAAGGAUGCAGAUUCCUGGAAAGUGUGGAAGAGCCGUUUGUUGUAUUACUACGAGCGACCUUCGCUGUACGACAGCAGCCUGUUCCUGUACUGCGCUACUAAGCAUUUCUGAGUCUGUCUGUGGACUACAGGUUAUACCCAAAUAGUGUAGGGCAAUAAGGAGUUUAUCACUUAACAAAACGAAAUUAAGAAAAGCCCGUAAGUUUUCUUAUAAGCCUACAACCGUGUCUGAAUGAAUAGUCCUGGAGUGUCAGGAUACCGGUAAUUAAAGACAUAGGGACAUAUAUAGCCUGAUUCUCAGACGGUCCAGGUCGCUCGUGGCCACGCACUCUCCGACCUGGACCGUUUGAGAAUCAGGCUAUGACAUAUACUGAUCGAGAAAACACAGUUUUAUCAGGUUAACAGUCAAACGAACAGUAUUAAAGUGUAACUAAAAGGGCUUACGAUUUUCAAAAUCUAGCGAAAACUAGACCUGUAAUCACGGUAAAAGUUCAACAAAUGACUAAAAGGAUUUCUAUCAGUGAA